AUGCUCACAUACUUUAUAUUGGCCUGUCUACUAACAGCGGUCAAAGCUGAUUACGCCUCCGAAGCAGCCGACUCUGACUCAUGCGCUCCUUCUACUCCUGAAUCAUAUAAUUUGGAACUACAUGUAGCUUCGGUAUUUGUGAUACUGGUGGGAUCCGGUAUAGGAGUUUUUCUGCCAGUUCUGAUGGGUCCUAGUUCGGACGUCACUCAAAAUGUGGUUUUCCGAAGAACAUUCUUUGUCCUCAAGUACUUUGGUACUGGUAUAAUCAUCAGUCUAGCUUUUUGUCACCUGCUCCAAGACUCUUUUGAGACAUUCUCAAACGAGUGUAUUGGUGAACUGGGCUAUGAACCUACUGCACCUGCCAUAGCGAUGGGUUCUAUGCUUGUGAUCUGGUUGGUAGAUUUCUUCGGUGCUAGAUGGGCUGCCUUUAAGAAUCCCUCAGACUGUAAACCGGUAGAAACCGUUGCGAAAGUAUCGACGCCUGAAGCUAUAACACCAACCAGCGAUUCCAAACUCAUGUUUCAAGAUUUAUGCUGCGAAAGCGGCUGUCGGCCUCUCCAGGAGCUCGAUCCGACUUCAAAAAGGGCACAUUGGGACGUGCAGUUGCUGGAGGGUGGAAUCGUGUUUCAUUCUAUAAUGAUUGGAGUGGCUCUAGGAGCUCAGACAGAAGGGUUCGAAGUUACUUUUGCAGCCCUGGUAUUCCAUCAACUUUUCGAAGGAUUGGGUUUAGGUGCGAGGAUAGGCGCUCUAGUCUGGGUGAACGCUAGGGGUGGUGUAGCAUGGAAGAGAUGGAUAAUGUGUAUGGCCUAUACAGUCAUAACUCCAGUUGGAGUUGCCAUCGGAAUUGGAGUUCACCAGUCUUUUAACGAGAACGGGAAGGCCGAAUUAUUAGCUAUCGGAGUUUUAAACUCGAUCUCUGCUGGUAUAUUACUGUACAGCGGUUUGUGUCAAUUGCUGUAUGCCGAAUGGGUAGUAGGAGAUAUGAGGGAUACUUCCAACGCCAAAGUUGUAUCUGCUCUUACGGCUUUGGGCUUAGGUCUUUUCGCAAUGGCUCUAAUUGGGAAAUGGACUUGA